AUGGAAACUGUUGCAUUCAUCCUACUAUUAAUGAGUCUAGGAAAAGCCAACUCAUUAGUUUGUUAUAUGUGUUCUUCCGAAUCUGGGAACAGUACUUGUUCUGUUUAUCCUAAAAGUAGCAAAUGGGAGUUGUGUAAUGGGCAGUGUCAAGUAUGGCGUUUAUUCUCUGAGGUUGAUGACUCUGUUUAUAUGUUUGAGCGCUCCUGCAAUUCUUUAUGCAGAGAAGGAUGUACAUUUCUCUCUGAUAUGGAGCACAGAUUUGUCGGGUGUUCAACUUGCUGCGACACAGAUUUUUGUAAUGUUGGGAAACACACAGCACCCUCCGUUUCCGGAAGAACACUAUUGCUAGUGAUUGUUUCUAAAUUGUUUCUAUGA